GCCCUGCCUGAGGUGAGCCCCAGGGGGACGGGGCCCUGCCUGAGGUGAGCUGCUGAGCCCUCACUCCCCAGCUGCCUUUUAAGAGUCCCGCGGCAGUCUCUGCCUUCAGAAUUUUUCAGAGGAAAGCAGUUAUUGGAUCCUUGUUUACUUAAAUUCUUAAGCACAUGUCAGUUCCUUCUGAAGAUUACCCAGGUUUAGCCUGGUCGGCUGUUGCAGAUGUCCAGGUUGUGUGUGGGGCGCUUGCACAGUCUCCUUUUCUUGGAGCCCCUCCUGUUUGAGAGGAUGGAUACCCGCUUCCCUUUCUUCUCACGUGUUCUUAGCAAGGUCACUUUUCUCCUUCAGUGACUCACUUCUGUGGACUGUUCUCCGGUUCGAUCUCCCCCAUCUUCAGUUGUUCAUGGACCAGUUAUUCACUAUCUUCCUUCUCCAUUUGUUAUCCCCAGGCUUCUCCACUUCCUUAAAGGGAAAGUUCUGUAGUUUGCUUGGCCAGGCUCCUUGGUGUCCUCCUGGCCCCCCUUCUGUCCAUCAGCGUGCCAUGCUGUCUCUGUCAGGUUGUGUUCUGGCUCUGUCCCCACAGGAUGCCCAGAAUCCAGCCACUGCUUAUCAUCCCCAUCGCUGUCACUUUGGCCUACGCUGCCUUCUUCCACUGGACUAACACAGUUGCCUUCUAACUGGUCUCCCCGGUAUCUCCUCUUACACAACCGCCUCCCUCUUCCACAGCAGUCAGGAUGAUCUCAAAAUACGAGUCAGAGCGAGAAGCCUUUCAGUGGCUUCUCACAGCACUUGCAUUUCUGCCUAGGUAUCACCUCAUCAUAGAGCUGCUGAUCACUGUGUCUGAAACAGCACCUGUGCCUCCCUCUCUCUCAUGACUGUGUGCGUUACCUGCUUGGAUUUUUUGUUUGUUUUUUGUUUUUUUGUUUUGAGAUGGAGUCUUCUGUGUCACCCAGGCUGGAGUGCAGUGGUGCGAUCUUUACUCACUGUAACCUCCGCCUCAUGGGUUCAAGUGAUUCUCCUGUCUCAGCCUCCCGAGUAGCUGGGGUUGCAGGUGUGCACCAGCACGCCUGGCUAAUUUUUGUGUUUUUAGUAGAGACGGAGUUUCACCAUAUUGGCCAGGCUGGUCUCGAACUCCUGACCUCAGGUGAUCCACCUGCCUUGGCCUCCCAAAGUGCUGGGAUUACAAGUGUGAACCACCACGCCCAGCCUGGAUUUUGUUAAGAGUACCUACCACCACUGGCAUGUUAGGUAGUGGUCAUGUGUUGGCUGAGUAACACCCACCCCGGAGACCCUAGGUGGAUGGGACCUGGGAGCCUAAUUCAUAUACUGCUUUUAGCUGUUUUCAGUUCACAUCUCAUUCUCGUCAUGCAGGAUGACUGUUCCCAAAACUUUUGGGGCUUCUGUGGGAGAGAUGGUUUGCUGUGCAUCAGCUUACCUCUGGGAGAGCAUCUGCUCACGGAAGUUAGUUACCAGAUUUUUGGCUUACUGUUUAUUAAAAAUUUAUCAAAAUAUCAUAUUGGCUUCUGUUUACAUAGUUCCCUUUUCUUUUUUUUUUUAUUUUUGAGACGGAGUCUUGCUCUGUUGCCCAGGCUGGAGUGCAGUGGCGCAAUCUCAGCACACUGCAAGCUCUGCCUCCUGCAUUAACGCCAUUCUCCUGCCUCAGCCUCCCGAGUAGCUGGGAGUACAGGCACCUGCCACCACGCCUGGCUAAUUUUUUGCAUUUUUAGUAGAGAUGGGGUUUCACCGUGUUAGCCAGGAUGGUCUUGAUCUCGUGACCUUGUGAUCCGCCGCCUCGGCCUCCCAAAGUGCUGGGAUUACAGGUAUGAGCCACCGUGCCUGGCCUCCCUUUUCUUUUAGAGGUGUGUUUGUGCAUGCUGUAUUCCUGUAUGUAAUUUAAAUGGGUCUCAGAGGAGGAUACUGAUAAUCAUGUUUGAAUCUUCUCUCCAUUCUCUCUGUUCCUACUUUCAAAUCACAUUUAGUCUCCAUCUCAACCUCCCUAAUGGGCAUAAAUCUUACAACUUUGUAGGUGUUUUGAUUUGUGAAGUUAUAUAUUAUAGAAAAGCCAUCUAGCAUAGAAGAAUAAUGGCCGAGUAUUGAUGAGCCAGGAGGGAUGGUGAACCACGUGGAGGUGCCUGGGCAAGAGGAGUCUGUUGGCUGCAGUGAGACCGUCAUGCUACUUGGGAUGCAUAAGAAAUGCCUUUAGUUUAAGUCCUUUGAGUUAAACUGAUGUAAAAAUGCAAUUAUUUAUGCUAAUUCUGUGAGUAUCAGCUUUCAUUGAUUUAGCAUUUACCUGAUAUCUUUUUUUAUUUCUUUAUUUUCUAAUUUGUAUUUUUUUCUUUGGUGUAUCUCAUAAGUUUCAAACUGUCUUAGUUUUGUUUUCAGUAUAUUUCUUCUAACAUGAAUGUGUUCUUUCUCAGUCAGUUUUUUUUCUCUACUGUUUUGGAAGCUGUACUUGUCUUCUUCCCUGCUCCCUCCCUACAUUUUUAGUGCUUGAUUGCCUUUAAGUUGUUCACAGGCACACUGAACGUUUCCCUUUAAACCAAAGUCUAAACAGUUGCAUUUUCUCUUUUCCCAAGUGAAAGAUGUUUCUUUAUACCUUCAUUUUCUAUGAUUCUCAUCUAUUUGCAUCACACACAUGCUUAAAUCGUAGCUGAUUAUAAUUUUAGUUCAGAUGUGUUUGAAUCAAUAGAUUUGUGUUCUGCUGAUUUCAGUGCUUACCGUUGUAUCCAGCUUCCCACCAAUUCUUUCUGUGUCUUAAUGUUGUCUCUAUAGGGUGUAAUUUUUUUUUAAUUUUAAAAAAUUGUUAAUUUUUUUUUUUUUAGAGACAGAGUCUGGUUCUGUUUCCCAGUGUAAAGUGCAGUGGCACAGUCAUGGCCAACUACAGCCUCAAACUCCUGUGCUCAAACUAUCCUUCCACGUCAGCCUCCUGAGUAGCUGGGACUACAGGCGUGCACCACUAUGCCCACACAUUUUUUGUUAUUUGUAGAGAUGGGGUCUAACUAUGUGACCCAGGAUAGUCUCAAACUCUUGGACUCAAGUGAUCCUCCCGCCUCAGCCUCCCAAAUGCUAGGAUUAUAGGCAUGAGCUACCUAUAUACCAUUUGAUGGAUAUAAAUUUUCCAGGUGCUUGUAUAUUUGAAAAUGUCUUUUAUUUUCCCUUAUUUUUGCUUUUUAGUUUGGCUGGUAUAAGAUUUCAGAAUCAGCAUUAUUUUUUCUCAGUACUUUAUUUCUCUCCCACUUUCAAGAAGCAUUGUUCUUUCCUUUUAGUUGGUUAUCAGGUGUUCUCGUUAUACUUUAUUUUCAGAUGUUUCAUUACUAUCUGCUUAAAUUUGGAACUUUUUUUUUUGUUUGUUAACUUGUCUUGUAUUUCAAUUGGUAGGUUUUUCUUAUGUGAACUCCUGUAUUUGUCUUCACUCCAAGAGAAUUUUCAGGCCGCAUUUCUUUGAACAUUGCCCUAUUAUUUCUCUUAUUUAUAUAAACCUACAUUGGCAAUUCUUCUAUCAACCAGGAAAAUCAUUCCAGGUUUAUUUAUUUAUUUAUUUUUUUGAGAUGGAGUCUUGCUCUGUCGCUCAGGCUGGAGUGCAAUGAUGCGAUCUUGGCUCACUGCAACUUCUGCCUCUCUGGUUCCAGCGAUUCUCCUUGCCUCAUCCUCCUGAGUAGCUAGGAUUGCAGGUGCCUGCCCCCCCGCCUGGCUAAUUUUUGUAUUUUUAGUAGAGACGGGGUUUCGCUGUUGGUCAGGCUGGUCUUGAACUCCUGACCUUGUGAUCCACUUCCCUCAGCCUCCCAGAGUGCUGGGAUUACAGGCAUGAGCUACCGCACCUGGCCUCCAGGUUUAUUUUGUAGUCUAGCUCUUACCAGUUCACCCGUUGUAGCCAUCGCUGUGGUUUGAGUGUAUCUUCCAAAUUUCAUGUGUUGGAAAUGUAAUUCCUAAGUUUAUUUGUUGAUGGUAUUUGGAGGUGGGGCCUUUGGGAGGUAUUUAGGAUUUGAUAAGGUCAUCAGGGCAGGGCCCCUAUGAUGGGAUUAGUAGCUUUAUAAGGAUAGGAAGAGAGACCUGAGCUGGCAUGCUCUCUGUCUCUCAUCAUGUAAUGCCUUCCACCAAGUUAUGACAUAGCAAGAAGGCCCUCACCAGAUGCCAGCACCAUGCUCAUGGACUUCCUGGCCUCCAGAACCUUGAGCUAAAUGAACAUUUUUCUUUAUAAAUUAUCCAGUUUCUGGUAUUCUGUUAUAAAAAUAGAAAACAAAGACAGCAGUCUUUUCUGUGUCUGAAAUAUUUGCGGUUCCUUGAAUUGACCAGGCUCUACCAUGUGUUCUGUGUGAUGCUUGCUCCUGGUACAGGGACUGCAAAUUAUGUUCCAAUCUUUUUUUUUCUUUCUUUCAUAAUAGAUUUGCCAGUUUUUCAGUUGGUCAUAUACAGAAACUCCGUUUCUGAAUUUCCCUGCUGUUCCCUCCCAGCCCCCACUCUUUGCUGUUGCUUAGAAUGCAGAUGUGAUGACUAGAGCCAUCUUAGACUGGGUUGCCCUGGAAGUGGAAGCCAUGUAAGGUGGAGCAAGAGAUGGAAGCCCCAGACCAAUUGCCUUCAGACUCCUGGAUUAUUGUCGUUCAAGGAUAUAUCUAUGGAGUUCACCUGGGAUGAAUGGCAGCUACUGGAUUCUACACAGAAGUACCUCUACAGAGAUGUGAUAUUGGAAAACUAUCAUAACCUGAUAUCAGUGGGGUAUCAUGGUACCAAGCCUGACUUAAUCUUCAAGUUGGAACAAGGAGAAGAUCCAUGGAUAAUAAAUGCCAAAAUUUCCAGGCAGAGCUGUCCAGAUGGCUGGGAAGAAUGGUACCAGAACAAUCAAGAUGAGCUUGAGAGUAUUGAAAGAAGCUAUGCUUGUAGUGUGUUGGGAAGACUUAAUCUGAGCAAAACCCAUGAUUCGUCAAGACAGAGACUCUAUAACACACAUGGAAAAAGUUUGACACAAAACUCAGCUCCAAGCAGAAGUUAUUUAAGAAAGAAUCCUGAUAAGUUUCAUGGUUAUGAAGAACCAUAUUUUCUUAAGCAUCAAAGAGCUCAUAGCAUAGAAAAAAACUGUGUGUGUAGUGAAUGUGGGAAAGCUUUUCGUUGUAAGUCACAGCUCAUUGUACAUCUCAGAAUUCAUACAGGAGAGAGACCUUAUGAAUGCAGUAAAUGUGAAAGAGCCUUCAGUGCCAAGUCAAACCUUAAUGCUCAUCAGAGAGUUCAUACAGGAGAAAAACCCUACUCAUGUAGUGAGUGCGAGAAGGUCUUCUCUUUCAGGUCACAGCUCAUUGUCCAUCAGGAAAUUCACACAGGAGGGAAACCCUAUGGCUGCAGUGAAUGUGGGAAAGCCUACAGCUGGAAAUCACAGCUUCUUUUACACCAGAGAAGUCACACAGGAGUGAAACCGUAUGAAUGCAGCGAAUGUGGGAAAGCCUUUAGUUUGAAGUCUCCAUUCAUUGUACACCAGAGAACUCAUACAGGAGUGAAACCCCAUAAAUGCAGUGAAUGUGGGAAAGCCUUUAGGAGUAAGUCCUAUCUCCUUGUUCACAUCCGAAUGCAUACAGGAGAAAAACCCUAUCAAUGCAGUGACUGUGGGAAAGCCUUCAAUAUGAAGACACAACUCAUUGUACAUCAGGGAGUUCACACAGGAAAUAACCCUUAUCAGUGUGGUGAAUGUGGGAAAGCCUUUGGUAGGAAGGAACAGCUCACUGCACAUCUGAGAGCUCAUGCAGGAGAGAAGCCCUAUGGAUGCAGUGAAUGUGGGAAGGCUUUCAGCAGCAAGUCAUACCUUGUUAUACAUAGGAGAACACAUACCGGAGAGAGACCCUAUGAAUGUAGUUUGUGUGAGAGAGCCUUUUGUGGAAAAUCACAGCUGAUCAUACAUCAGAGAACUCAUUCAGCUGAGAAGCCCUAUGAAUGCAAUGAAUGUGAAAAAGCCUACCCUAGGAAGGCAUCACUUCAGAUACACCAGAAAACUCAUUCGGGAGAGAAACCUUUUAAAUGCAGUGAAUGUGGAAAAGCCUUCACUCAGAAGUCAUCUCUCAGUGAACAUCAGAGAGUUCACACCGGAGAGAAACCAUGGAAAUGCUCUGAAUGUGGGAAAUCCUUCUGUUGGAAUUCAGGGCUUCGUAUACAUCGGAAGACUCAUAAAUGAGAAAUCAGAGUGAUGCAAUGUGAGAAACUGAUGUUCAGGAGACUUCGGAUAAUAUAGACAGGAUUUACAAGCAGGAGGCCCUAAAACUACACUCAUGUCAAAAAUCAGAGAGGAGAGAGACCAACCAUAUUUGGGAUGAGUGUAAAAGCUUUCAGAAAUAAGUUACAGAUAUUUGUAGAUGAAAAUAAUGGAAGGAAUGAGGAGCAAUAAAUGUAUCAAAUGUUGUAGUAUCAUCAUGAAGAUUCAGAGAAUUUACACUAGGAACACCUUAUAAGUUGAAUAAAUUAAGGAAGCAUUUUCCCAUUGAAAAUGUGUUCCAUGGAAAGUCACAUUCCAGAUUUGAAGCUGUGUUUUUGUAAAAUAAAAUCUUGUUAUGAACAGUUGACUUCAUGGUGGAGUAUAAAGUUGUUUUUUAAAAAAUAUGUAAAUAAUGUUCAGGAAAAACGCAGGGAACAGAUUCUUAAAGUUAAGGGAUAUUUAAUGUGACUUCCCUGAGUUAACACUGAAUAGUAUUUCUAAAAUUUUUCGUACUUUAUUUUUUAAUGUAACUUGUUCUAUCUAUCUAUAUAUAUAUUUGAUAGUUUGUGGAAUAAUAUCCCCCAGUAUUUUCCAUAUUAAAUGCUAAUUGUCUUUUGAUUUCUUUUUCAUAAGCAGAUCUGGCAUUUAUUACAGGACUGCCACUUAAGAGAACUCAUUGUAAUGAACGUUUAUUAUAUUUUGCAGUUCCAUGCCUGUUGUCCAUUGAUUGACAUGAGCACCCUUGUUUUCUCUGGAGAAAUACCUCCCCUCUCUGGGGUGCUUCCUGUGGUAGUGUCUUUCAGGUAUCCGUUCCACUAGCUACAGGUGAGCAUUUUACCCAUUGUUGGAUAAUGGUAAUCUCUUUUUCAGAAUUUUGAGACUGUAAUUCAUUUGCACAUGAACCAGAAAAUGUGGGAACUCAUUCAUUCUUGUCCCAGAAUUCUGUUGAGAACAUCCAUUCAUUCUGGCUAAAUGAUUACAAGAAUAACUGUGGAUCCUAUCCCUUUAGAACCUGCUUCUCUGAUCUGUGUGUUUCCUCACUUCUCAAUAAAAAUGUCUUUUGCUUUU